AUGCGACUGCUAUCAGCUCUUCCCUAUCGUCUUGUAUCAGCGUUGCAAUAUGGAGCGUCGCAAGCCUACGGUGUUCGCUUGCUCUGCACGGCACCGCGAGUAAUUAGGGAAACGUCAGGCCCACUUGAUGAGCGUGAAAACAAAGAGAUAUACACGACGUGCCCAAUUGAUCUCAAUGAGCCGAGAUUUGAUAAAAUCCUAAUCGCUAACAGAGGUUUGUUGUUGUGA